AUGACCCUUGAUUUGACAUUGAGUGACUGCACAUCUAAGAAUCUGCUAAGUUGAUACGACAUUUUCCAAAGUGAUUUUUAUUCUAGCCCCCCUUGAGAGCCAUAAGAGCCAUCAAUUUGAGCACGAAUAUCUCCUUGUGAGGCUACGGUGCGUACAACCGUCCACGCUAAAUCUUAGCUGAAAUACGCGCGCGCAUCUCAAACCCAACAUUGUCUGUAGACGCGAGAGGGUUCGAUCAUUCUGAGCUGGCCAGAUUCUGAGCUCGCUGGCCUUCAAUUCGUUCUUACUCUGCUGUCCAGCCUAUGCUACAGCAACAUGACAGAAUCUGCAAGUGAAUGAGCGACCAUGGAUGAUUCAACCAGAUGGAUAUUUCUGCGCCAAACACAAGAUUGCACGCAUAUCGUAUAUCUCUUCCUCAGCACCACCCUCUAUACUCUCUACCGCUACAACGAUACCACCAGAAGAAAUCCACAAGACCUCGCCAACACCCGAUCCUCAGGGUACCUACGAGAACACCCAGGACCUUCAGGACUUAUUGGCAUACCUGCAAGAAGAGAAAGACCAAGGAACACUCGCCAAGCGCCAUCUCAACAACAAACAAGCACAGGAAUAA